GGAGUGGGGCCCAGUGGUAGAGCGUCUGCCUAGCAAAAUAAAUAAAAAACCUUAGUUCAAACCCCAGUAAUGCAACAACAAAUCCAAAGCUGAAGGAUGUUCUGGGUUGAUUUGGGAGUUGAAGCUCAGAUAAAGCGGGUUGGCCAGGAAUGGCUAUUGAAUCCCACAACCUAGCUGACUAGUCCUCUGCUAGCAAGCACAGCAUUCUGCCAUUUGGGUAGAAAGUCUCCGGGGCCACCAGGGCAAGAAACCUCUAGGACAGACUCAAGCUGAAAGGACAAGGAUACGGGUGGAAAUCUCUGGAGCUCACUCUGUCUUCAGGUCCAUCGACAACACAAAUCCAAGAGCAUUUUGUUUUUUCUUAAGUGCUCUGAACUACCCUUUUGGUGGGAAGAGAAUGGGUUUACACUUAAAUUUAUACUCCCUUUAAGGAAAGCUUACCCUGGAUUGGAGGAAGGGAGCCUCUCUAGAGGCUGCGAUGAGCUGCAAAAAAUUGACGCCCUCAUGGUCGUGGAAAUAAAAAGUCCGUUAACCGUGAAGGCCACGUCUUUGCCUUAGGUCCUAGUCCCGGAGUCUCUUUCUCCUCGCCGCCAACCCCGAGCUGAGCGUCUCCUUUAAUAGGCUGGGCCGGAACUUGACGAGGUGCCGAGCCCCGUACGUGUCUGGGGCGGGGCUUGCAGACGGCCCUUACAGCAUGGCUGCCGGCGCUGCUGCCGCCUUAGCCUUCUUGAGUCAAGAAAGCCGAGUCCGGGUCGGGGGUGUCGGGGGUCUGCGAGUGCCGGGCCCGGUCACUAUGGACAGUUUCUUCUUCGGUUGUGAGCUCUCCGGCCACACCCGCUCCUUCACCUUCAAGGUAGAGGAAGAGGAUGAUGCAGAGCACAUGUUGGCAUUGACCAUGCUCUGCCUUACCGAGGGGGCCAAGGACGAGUGUAAUGUGAUAGAAGUUGUGGCCCGGAACCAUGACCACCAGGAGAUUGCAGUUCCUGUGGCCAACCUCAAGUUGUCUUGCCAGCCCAUGCUCAGUUUGGAUGACUUUCAGCUCCAACCACCUGUAACCUUCCGCCUGAAGUCCGGCUCUGGCCCUGUGAGGAUUACUGGUCGCCACCAGAUUGUUACUAUCAGCAAUGAUGUCUCUGAAGGAGAGAGUGAAGAUGACAAUGAAGAGGAGGAAGCUGAUUUGUGCCCCAUCCUUCCUGCCAAAAAGCAAGGGAGCAGGCCCUGACCCUCUGUACCCUUUGGUCAGGUAGCUGCCUCCUACGUGCGCCACACACAAUGUUCCUGGACAAGUUUCAAGAAGUUUAAAUGUUUCUUCUCCGUUGAAGAGGAGAGUCUGGGUCAGGGAUUGGGUGGGAGGGACUUGGGCUAGUGCUUGGAAAGAAGGGGCCAUUCUCCAUAGGGUCCUAAUGUUCUGGCCCUACAGCCUUGCCUGGAUUUCCUUUUUCUAUAGAGGUGGGAGGACCUCUGAAUUUCUAUCCUGAUCUUCUCUCCCCUCCUGCCUAUGAGGAUUAGGUCAGUAUCUGAAGCUGAAAGCUACAUAUUUUUAACACUUUUUACAUUUUUAGAUAAAGGUUUAAAUAAAUUGCUGUGGGGUUUU